GCAGCAGAACACCAGACCGGGGCUGGGGCUGCGCUUGCUGCUGACCCCGUGACGGUGGCUGCCCCUGGCCAGGACCAUGGCUUCCAUCUCAGAGCGCACCUUCAUUGCCAUCAAGCCUGACGGCGUGCAGCGGGGGCUGGUGGGAGAAAUCAUCCGGCGCUUCGAGCAGAAGGGUUUCAAGCUGGUGGCCAUGAAGCUGACACAUGCCUCUGAGGACCUUCUGAGGGAGCACUACAUCGACCUCAAGGACCGCCCGUUCUACGACGGCCUGGUGCACUACAUGCACUCCGGGCCUGUUGUAGCUAUGGUGUGGGAGGGUCUUAAUGUGAUUAAGACUGGAAGAGUGAUGCUGGGGGAAACUAAUCCCAUGGAUUCCAAGCCCGGCACUAUUCGUGGCGACCUCUGUGUGCAAGUCGGAAGGAACAUCAUCCAUGGGAGCGAUUCUCUAGAAAGCGCCGAGGCAGAGAUCAACCUGUGGUUCACUCCUGAAGAACUGGUUGACUACAGGAGCUGCGCUCACGAAUGGAUCUACGAGUAGAACUGAGGCGGCCUUUGGUCUCGUGGCUCCAGUUAGCUCCAGUCCUCCACACCACCUCCUCAAACCUGCUUCACAAACCUGCCACGUGCUCCGCUGUGAACGCUGAUCGGUGGUUGCUGUUGCUUUGGUUAGAAAACUACCGAGCUGUAGAUAGCAACGUGCUUUAAAAAGCGUCUCGGAUGUUCAUGCGGGUGAUAGAGGUGAAAUUAAA